AUGAAUAAGAUUUUCUCUUACUCCUCUUUAUUUUUUGUUCGCUGUACAUCCUGCUGUCUCCUUUAUUCGCAUACAUCCCAUUUUGAGAUCUACAUAUUUCUUUCAGAAUCUUUGGUUCGCUCAUUUCUUUUUUCCUUUGUUCUUUUCUUUUUUCCUUUUUUCUUUUCUUCUUUUCUUCUUUUUUCUUCUCUUUUCUUUUCUCCUCUUCUCUCUUUUCUUCUCCUCUUCUCUCUUUGCUUCUUCUUUGCUUCUUCUCUUUUCUUUUUUUCUUUUCUUUUCUUUUUUCUUCUCUUUUCUUUUUUUAUUCUUUUUUCUUUUUUUAUUCUUUUUUCUUCUUCUUUUUUUCUUCUUUUUCUUUUCUUUUCUUUUUUCUUUUCUUCUUUUCUUUCUUCUUUCUUUUCUUUCUUCUUUUCUUUCUUCUUUUCUUUCUUCUUUUCUUCUUCUUUUCUUCUUCUUUUCUUUCUUCUUUUCUUCUUUUCUUUCUUUUCUUUCUUCUUUUCUUUCUUCUUCUUUUCUUCUUUUCUUUCUUCUUUUCUUUCUUUUCUUUCUUUUCUUUUUCUUCUUUUUUUUCUUCUUUUCUUCUUCUUUUUUUCUUUCUUUUUUUCUUUUUUUCUUUUCUUUUCUUUUCUUCUUUUCUUUCUUCUUUUUUUCUUUUCUUCUUUUCUUUCUUUUCUUUCUUUUCUUCUUCUUCUCUUUUCUUCUUCUCUUCUUCUCUUUUCUUCACUUCUUCUUCUCUUUUCUUCUUCACUCUUCUUCUUCACUCUUCUUCUUCUUCUUCACUCUUCUUCUUCUUCUUCACUCCUCUUCUUCUUCUUCACUCUUCUUUCUUUUCUCUUCUUCUUUCUUUUCUCUUCUUCUUUCUUUUCUCUUCUUCUUUCUUUUCUCUUCUUCUUCUUCUUUUCUCUUCUUCUUCUUCUUUUCUCUUCUUCUUCUUUCUUUUCUCUUCUUCUUCUUCUUUUCUCUUCUUCUUUUCUCUUCUUCUUUUCUCUUCUUCUUUUCUCUUCUUCUUUUCUUUUCUUCUUCUCUCUUCUUCUUUUCUUUUCUUCUCUCUUUUUCUUCUUCUCACUUCUUCUCACUUUUUCUUCUUUUCUUUUCUUUUUCUUCUGCUUGCAUUCUUAUUUCAACCAUGAUUAA